GACAUUUUGAAACAAGAAACAAUUUGGAUUCGAAAAAAAUAAAGUAAUAAAACAGUUUUUAUAAUAAUAACUUAACCCAGCAGCUAUUUAAUAAGCGAAAAAUGGAAGAAUGCGAUAAUGAAAAUGAGUAUAAAAGAAAUAAGGACCGGAGCCCAUCCCCUGGAGUAAAAUCGACAGCAGUAGUAAAGUUCACAGCAUUCCAAAGUCCUGUGGGCUAUGCACGGUUGCAAUGUAACACUGACCUUAACCUCCCCCCAUCAAAUUGGGGCGGGAUAGAUACAUAUGGCCUGAAACAGAUCUUGACUAGAGGAAAGGGGUUGUCAAGCUUCAGAAUGGCGCACAUGUUCCCGGACUGUGUUGGCGAGGUGGACGUGAUAUCAGACGCCGAAUGCAUCAAGAAAUUACUCAAACUGCCAUACCAACCUAAUGGAACUGUCAGCAUGAUGGUGCACCGCGUGGAAAACACCCUGCUUCUUGAUGACUUCGACGUCUACGAUUACCUGAUGAAGUCGGAGUGGUCGUGGCUUAAGGACUUCUUCUAUGAGAAUAUAUUGAAAACUAUGUCUGAGAAGGAGCGUAUGUCCCUCACCCCCGCCCCGAGCCCCAGUUCUCUUCAACUCACGCACAAGUUUCUGUCCCACAGUGUGGUGGAACGGCCCCAGCCACUGCCGGCCACUUUGCCCCAUACCCCUAUGUGUUUAACUGGACCAUUUCUGCCCGAACCCGAAACUCGGCCAGAAGAACCGGCAGAAAACGCAUUUAAUCGUAACGUUCUCUGGACAUUCGAAGAUAUACACAUGUUAAUUGGCAGCAAUUUGCCCAUUUUUGGGGAUAAAGACAGGCCAUGUGUUUCCUUACGACUCAGAGACGCUAGAGAACCUAUAAAUGUUCUUACUGGAAUAGACUAUUGGCUGGAUAACCUAAUGUGCAACGUUCCUGAAGUUCUAAUGUGCUAUCAUCUUGACGGAAUAGUUCAGAAAUACGAACCCAUGAAGACGGAGGACUUGCCGAACAUGGAAAACUCGAAAUUUUCCCCCAAAGUUAUAAGAAAUGUAGCGCAGAAUAUACUGUCCUUUUUAAAGUCGAAUGCUACCAAAUCUGGGCAUACUUAUUGGUUGUUUAAAGGGCCACAUGAUGAUGUUGUCAAACUAUAUGAUCUAACGUCACUAUGCCCUGAUAGUUUGGACAAUCCGUUCACAACUCCCGUGGGAAUGUUGUUAUAUAGAGUGGCAAGGAAUAUGAGGUUGAUGAAUAGAUCGAAACAUGUCCGCCAACUGUUGGGCCACGUUGUGCAACUGUUGAAAGCGGAACGAUAUCCGCAAAUAAUAGCGUCGUCGUACUACAUGUUGUCUGAUUUGUAUGUGCCGGCUACUACUAAUCCUGCUAAUCCGGAGUUUAAAGAUGAAAGUUCAGAUUCCGACGAGGAAUCUGAUUACGAGGCUGAAAGUUACGCAGAAAACUUUGAAAACGCGUCCGAGCGAGAUAGUAAUAUGGGUGAAAAGGAUGACACUACUGAAAAGGAAAAUGAUGGUGAAAAGGCGAAAGAAAAAGAAAAAGAUACAUUUGAGACCAAUGAAAACGUAGAAGACAUUUCAAGUGAGGACCGUCUCGCGUUACAAGUGAGAGGUUUAGCAUUAAGGGAUAUUGGACAUAGACCUACAAAUUCUACUACUGACGAGAAAUCCAAAGAGAGUGAGAGCAAAGGUCUCGGCUUGGAAGUGCCGGAGCGGUGUGGACGCGCCUUAACACAUGCGCUGAAGGGACUGUUGGCCCUGCAUCAUCUUACCAUUGAUAAGUCUAAAGAAGAAGAGCGCGAACGUCUCAAACAGCAAAUAAUAAUCGAGGAACAAAAUCCAAAAAUGGCGAACCCAUACGAACCAAUCAAAAUGAGUUACGAACCCAUCAAAAAGAAAGACGCAAAAGAACACGUAUCCAGAAACCGUCGCAGAAAACGCGAAAGGAAACAAUCAGAGAAAUCAGGAAACUACUUAAUAGAAGUGAACUCGAAUGUGGAUAAGAACGCCAUUUUAAUACGAAAAGAGAAUACACUACCAACAUGGCACGAACCUAACAGAGAUGAUAAUUUCGCUUGGAAGUUACAUUUGAAAACGUUACUCUAUGAGAAAUUAUGUCUUGCGUACGCGACGUUAGCUGAAUAUAGCUAUUCGCAUGAACAAUACGGUUUUUCUCUAAAAUAUAUAGAUAUGGCUAGUAAAUGCCAAAAGUUAUUAAGCAGUAUGAUAAUAAAAAGUCGCGUGGUAGAUGCAAGUUGCUUGAUCGGUCGUGUGGGGGAUAAUUUCUUUCAGUUAAGCAAACAUUGGGCUAGCUUGGAACAGUUUAAGAAACAAUUUGAAACGGACCAUGGUAUUGAUGUAAGGAUAAAAAUGGAGAUCGAGAAUGAUAUGGUUGAAGAGAUUGAGGAUGAACCGUGUGAGGAUUUCGAUUUAGAUAUAAGUUUCCCAACAAGCGAAACAGAAGCAAUGUUAUCUUCCUGCCUAUACUACAGACGAGCAGCGGGGGCUGGGGGUCAAGGGGGUUCUGAUUCAUCCGAAAAUUUAGGGGUUUCAGGGGGUUCAGGGGGUUUCCAUAAACGCGGGGAGUUAUUGAGGCGUCUAGCUUCUGUGUGCAACGAGUUGGCUGUCAGAUACAUGAACGAUGGACAACAAAUCUACAUGAAAUACAUAGAAGAAGAAGAGCAGGACAGUGCAAAAGCGAAGCUAUUGCUAAAACAAUUCAGCUCAAUGUCGCGUAAAUCCGCGGAGUGUUUGGACGAAGCGACCGCCAUAUUUGAGCAAGUGAACGACGUGCCUAAUUUGGCACUUUUGUAUUGUAAUAAGGCGAGGUAUAUGAGGUUUAAGGCGCAUUGUGAACAGGGUGGUUUUAACGCGGACAAGCGUCGUCUCUACAGCCAAGCAGAAGAGCUGUAUGGCGAAGCCCUACGCCUGCUCGGGCCUCGGGAGAUGUGUGGGGCUGCGCCCGUGUGGGAGCUCGUGCGCUGGGAGCUCAGCUGCCAUCUCUACACUCGUGCUGUGUUGAUGCAGGACUCGCCGCAUAUUUAUGCUGACGAGGUCACAGAAGUAGCUGAAGCGUUUAAACACGCGCUUAAGUACUGUCUCUUAAGCCCUGGACCAAGACAGUAUUUAUAUCAGUUCAGAGCUGCCAUGAUUCAUCAUAGAUUGGGUUCUCUAUAUCACUCGCAGUACAGGAUAACAACAGAAGACGGUCCCAAACGGCGUACACUAUUCAACGCAACGUGCACGAACUACGAGCGAGCCGCGAUACAGUUCGCUGCGCUGGAGGACGCCGCCAUGUUCCUCACUGUUCGGCUCGAGCACGUGGCUGCAUUGGAGGCCCACGCACAAGUAUCACCGAAUCUAAAACUGAAAUCGCUCCAAACGGCCAUAGAGUUACUCCGACAAUCGCACUCUAUAAUGAGACUGCUAAAGAACCGCGAUCCAGAAGACAAAGAUACACAAAAACCCGACGAAAGUGAUGACAAAAGUCUCAGAAAUGAACAGAGCCUACUUACUUUAUACGAAAGCAGAUUACACUAUAUAUUAAAAAGUAUAAUACAGUACUGCAGAUCGAAAACCAAUAAAGAUUAUGAAAAAAUAGCAGAGUUAAAUAAGAAAUUGUACUGCGCCAGCCUAAAGAUCAAGAAAGAUGACGAUAUCCGGGUGUACGCGGCUAGUAUAUGCGAUGUGCUGACGGCAAUGGAUGAGAUUAGUAAAGAGUUUGCCUGAGAUUUAAAUAAAAUUGUUAUUUAUUGGAUUACGAAGAAAAUUGGAUUUUCGGAAGAGUUUUUCCAUCUAAAUUGCCUUGGAAUUCCUUGAUUCUUGGUAAUUAGGGCUCGAUUUUAUACCUGCAAUGCCUAAAUUUGGUAGAAAAGUUGAUAAAAGAAUCGAACUAACUCGAAAUACUAACACUUCACUUGAUAACUCGUAAGUAAUGAACAAAUAUUCCGGAAUGCAUCUGGCCCAUACCUCAUAAGUAAAUGUCACGUUCUUUGCCAUUGUACAAAGUACCUUAUAUAUUGGCUGUAAUUAGAGAUAACAAAUAAAUAUGUGGUGCGAAAGUCAUAUUUUAUAUUAAUUGCAAGUAUUUUUAUCUGUUUUUUCAUUCAAUGUCAGGUGUUGAGGAGAAUGAAGGAAAUUUUAUUAUUCAAGUAAAAUUUUACAAAAUUGGUAUUACUUGCGGUUUUUCAUGUUAAGUUAUUUUUAAAAAAGAUGCACUAUAGUGAAAUUUUCUACUUCAUAUGUUAAAUUUAUAGGGUUGCAACUAAAGGUGCCUUAAUAUAAAAGUAUGUAGUGUUGUACGUAAUUGUUACAGUUUUGUAUUCACUUCUUUAAUGUGUCAACCCUAUUGUGAAUUGUAAACAUUAAUAAUAGGGUAUUUUAAUUUUCUUUUAUUUGUGUCUUAAAAUUUAAUAGUGCUUUCUUUUUAACAAACUUAUCAAGCUUUUUCAUAAUAGGGUCUGCAUUCAGUCAAUGUUUAUCGAAACAUGUAUUAAUAUUUUAUCAUUGACUUUUUUAAUAAUUUAAAUCAAAUCGAAUUUGUUUAUAUUGCUCGUAUAUGGUCAUACAAAGGUGUUAAGUGUGUCCUAUCGAGCCCCAUACACAAAAAUCAAGAUUUUUUCCCUUUUCCUGACAAGAAUUGAACCUGCGACUCUAAAAAUAACUUUUUCUUCACUAACUAACCACCAUGAAAGAAAAUGUUCUUUUAUAAGAUAUAGAAAUCUCGACUUUAUCUAAGAAUACGUUUUGAUAAGAUUCAGACUGUUUGUAUAAUUAAAUGUAUGUAAAUAAGGUGUUAAUAAACGUUUAUUUUUUA